AGGUCCUAACCUAGUAACCCUACACUGUCACAAAAUUCACAAUCGAUCGAGGGAUCCCAGGCGACGGAGCUCCGGCGAGCUCCGGCGGGCGUCGGCGUCGGCGUCGGCGGCAGUUAGGGCGAGGCUAUCUAGGGCAUCAGAGAUCCGGGAUGGCGGUCCAGGUCCAGGAGUCGAAGCGGGUGGGGAGGCAGCUGCCCCCUCACCGGCCACCGCGAUCCGUCUCCCUCGCCGCUUCCAUUUCCUUCUCCUCCGCCCGCAAGCCUCCCGAGCCGCUCCGCCGCGCCGUCGCCGACUGCCUCUCUCCUCCCGCUCCCCACACCCACACCCAUGCCCCGCCACCCGCCGCUUCCUCUGCCCCCGCCGAGGCCUCCAGAACCCUCCGGGAUUAUAUCGCCAACCCAUCAACCAUCGAUAUGGCUUACAAUGUCCUCAUCGACCAUGCUCUUGCUGAAAGAGAUCGUAGCCCCGCAGUUGUCCCUAAAUGUGUCUCCUUGUUAAAGACUUAUCUUAUCAGGUACACCCCAAGGGUGCAAACUCUACGCCAAAUCGAUCUCUUUUGCGCAAAUACCAUAGCAAAAUGCGAACCAUUGGGAACUCAGAGAUCAUCAUCAGCUUCGCCACAUUCCUCUGUUGCUGCUCCACCAAUAACCAACUUUGCUUCACCAUCUCUUGUCAAGUCUUUGAACUACGUCCGCUCAUUAGUUGCCAGGCAUAUCCCAAAGUUGUCCUUCCAACCCAUUGGCCACUCUGUUGCACCAACCUCUACAAAACAAUCCCUCCCCUCACUUUCUUCCUUUUUCAACAAGUCCUUAGUUUCUCAGUUGACUCCAGAAGCUAUUACCAACAUGGAUCUUGUUGAAUCAAAGGAAUCACAUGCCCCUUCAGAUUUAAUAUCAUCAGCAACUGAAAAAGCUGAUGGGGGAGAGCCUGCCGAUGAUACCAAAUAUAUAUCCUUUGACAUUUUAAACUGGCGAUGGCAUGUAUAUGGUGAAAGACAAGCAUCGGCUUCUACCAAAGAAAGCAGCAAUGAUUUUGCGGACCUUCAAGAUUUUCAUACACAGGGUUUUCUUGAAGUUGGUGCUGCAGCUCUUCUAGUUGGAGAUAUGGAGGCGAAGAUUAAUGAUCAACAAUGGAAAUAUUCUUUUAUCCAGGACUUUCCUGAUAUUGAUCUGUUGCAACCUUCAACUUCUACAGCAAGUACUUUUGCAUCAUCACAGAGUCACUUGAAAGCAAUAACUGCCUCAAAACGCAUGAAAUCAGGCCCUAAUCAAGUUUGGAUGAACAUACCUGCAAAUACUUUCCAGCCUCGAGCACGUCCCCUUUUUCAGUAUAGGCACUACAGUGAGCAGCAACCUUUAAAAUUGAACCCUGCCGAAAUUUCCGAAGUCAUAGCUGAAGUUUGCUCAGAAACAACUUCAAACUCAAAUCAGUUCAGUGCUCCAUCAAGAUUGACCACCCAGAGUCGCCAACCUUCAGCAGAUGUGGCAUUCAGUGUCCUUAUCAAACUUGUUAUCGACAUGUAUAUGAUGGACUCGGAGGCCGCUGCCCCUCUAACACUAUAUAUGCUUGAGGGUAUGUUGAGCUCUCAAAAAUCUCCUGCCAGGACAAAGGCAUUUGAUCUGAUACUAAACCUUGGGAUUCAUGCACACCUGCUGGAGCCUAUGAUAGUUGAGAAUGCACCACUUAUUGAGAAAAGUGAAACUGUGAAUCAUUCUUAUAUGAACAACGAAUAUGGAUCAAGUAUGGAUGAACAGAGGGCUACAGAAUCUGAACAAGAGCAGAGGGUUAGUCCUGCUAUUGAUCAGUUUGAGUCGUGGCUUCUGAAAAUAAUGUUUGAGGUUCUUCUUCUCCUUGUUCAGAUGGAGGAGCGGCAAGAGAUUGUAUGGGCAUCAGCUUUGAGCUGUCUAUUUUAUUUUGUAUGUGAUGGAGGAAAAAUCAUUAGGAGUAGACUUGGAGGUCUGGACAUAAGGGUAAUCAAGACUCUUCUUGAGAUAAGUGUGGAGCAUUCGUGGGCAAAAGUAGUGCACAGCAAACUUAUUUGCAUGCUGACAAAUAUGUUGUAUCAAGUAUCUGAUGGAGCUCCAAACGGUGCCAUUGAUACACAUUUUCUUCCUGACCAGAUAGAUCGCGUUGGUGGAGUUGACUAUAUCUGUCUCGAGUAUUCACGAGCCAACUCAAGGGAGGAGAAGCGGGAUUUGUUCUUUGUUCUAUUUGACUAUGUAUUGCAUCAAAUAAAUGAAACAUUCUUGGCUGGCGGCCUUUCGACCUACACUUAUGAUGAUGCUCAGCCCCUUGCUUCCCUUCUUGCAUGUGCUGAUGCUCCAGAGGCCUUCUAUAUUUCUGUGAAGCACGGUGUUGAAGGCGUUGGAGACAUGCUGAGAAAAGCUAUAUCAUCAGCUUUGUCACAGUCAACAGAAUAUGAGCAGUUGAAUGUGCUUCUGGACAAGGUUAUCAGGAAACUUGAUGGAACAGUCAGCACAUUUUCUAGGAUUGACACUGAGUUUGCUUAUAUGAUCCAAGUAACAAAAUCUUACAAGUGUUUCAGCAGCAUUAGAGAUGGACAUGAAGAUGCUGAUGUUGCACUUAGAGCAAGGCUUUGCUGGGCUACUUUGCACUCACUUCUUAACUCGCAGAUUUCAUCAUAUAGGCAUCAUGGAUAUAUUUGGUUAGUUGAAUUGCUCCUUUCAGAAAUCAGUGAGGAAACAGAUGGUUCUAUAUGGUCUAAAAUCCAAAAGCUCCAAGACGAAAUUGAAGUUGCCGGAAGCCAAGAUUUGUCAUCCUCAGAAGUUUCAUUGCCUGUUUGUCUGCUAUGUGGGCUUCUGAAGUCAAAACAUAACUUCAUUAGAUGGGGAUUUCUAUAUGUUCUGGACAAAUUUUUGAUGCGUUGCAAAUUAUUAUUAGAUGACAAUGACAUGCAAGAGCACACAGUUGCUGAUCAUAGCAAACAUCGCCUGGACAAAGCUUUUGCGGUUAUAGAUAUUAUGAACAGUGCUUUGUUGCUUGUGGUCCAAAAUAAUGAGACAGACCAUAUUAACAUCUUAAAGAUGUGUGAUAUGUUGUUUUCUCAAUUAUGUCUGAGACUGCCAUCUUCAAAUGUGAUGCAUAUGGGUGGGCUUCAAUCCCUUGGUCAACUUUUUGGUUGUACAACUAAGAACAUCGAGAGCCAUCUGGAAACUCUUGCGUCGCAUCAAAAUGUUGGAAACAAGAACUUUUGCAGGAGUGAGACAUUGCAAGACAUAAGCGUAAAUCAAACUGCUCAAACCACUUUACUCUCCGAGACAUCAAUGGCAGCACUACUUCUGAGAGGCCUUGCGAUAGCUCCUAUGCAGCUUGUAGCACGCGUACCAACUUCAUUGUUUUUCUGGCCAUUGAUGCAACUUGAAGGGGCAGCUAGCGAUGAUAUUGCAUUGGGUAUUGCUGUUGGUAGCACAGGUAGAGGCAAUCUCCCUGGUGCUACGUCAGAUAUUCGAGCAGCGCUUCUUUUACUCUUGAUUGGUAAAUGCACAGCUGACCAGGAAGCUCUUAAGGAAGUAGAAGGCAAUGAAUUCUUCAGGGGUCUUCUAGAUGAUACAGACUCAAGGGUAGCAUAUUAUUCUGCUGCUUUUCUCUUGAAGAGAAUGAUGACAGAAGAGCCAGAUACCUACCAACGGAUGCUUCAAAGUCUCAUCUCAAAAGCUCAACAGUGUAACAAUGAAAAACUGCUGGAGAACCCAUACCUUCAAAUGCGUGGGAUACUGCAGUUGUCAAACGAUCUAGGAGUUCAAUAAUCACUCGAAUGUGCUAUUUCUGUGGAUAGAAGCAUGGGCUAGAAUUGGUACUUUCAACUAUGCUCAUUGCAGUAUAAUAAUCUGUGGCUGUGUUCCUCUGCUCCAAACUAUGAAAAGAUAUUAGUGCAAGUGCAUGGUGUAAAUUCCUUCGUCCGGAUGCAUGCACAUGCCUCUGAAGUUCUUAAUUGUUUAUUAUAGGAUCUGAAUCACCUGUCACCUGCAAGCUGAUUACAGGAUCUAAGCGUUGUGGCUACCUCAAUGAAGUAUGACUAAGUUUGGGCGAGGUGCGCAUAAAUGCGACUCUGCAAUUUUGUAGCCAACCAUUAAGAUUGAGCCAGCGCAAGUUUUUGAGAGGGAUGCUGGGAUCAAUAAUAGUAUGUGUGUUUAUUUGCAGCGUUGUUCCAACGAAAGUAACAAGGGUGUACAUGUUUGCAUGCUAGUGUUAUUUGCUACCUGGAAGAAACCAAACCUUGCAGAUAUCAGUGAACUUCCAGACAACUUAUUAUUGUUUUCUUCUUUUUUUUUGGAAAAAUUAACUUGUGAUUCUUAGAUUCGUAUUGAGAGUUAACAUUGUAAAUGCGUAGGGUGAAACAGAAAAAUUUUGCUUAUGGUAAUUGAAUAGUACAUCUCCUGUACAAUAUGGAGUGUAAAAUUUACUGCUACCAUUUUGUUAGUUGCUAGUAUUAUGCACACGUGUCGCACUUUUUGAGA